GUUGAGGUUGAAUCUCUUGUUCUGUAGUUUGAAUGCAACGCUCCAUGUCCUAGUCUCUGUAGCAGCAGAAAACAAGGUUGCUUCAUGGUGAGUGCAUGGUUAGAAGGGGAAAAUAGAAUAAGGGAAGCAAUUUAAAAGAUUUGCGUAGAUUCAGUCAUGGUUCUUACAUUGUGAAUAAUUUGGCCCUAAGAAAAAAUGGGCAAAGGCAGUAUUCUUAUUAGGCUGUUACUGACUGAUACUGUCUACAAAUGACAUCUAAGUAUUUUUUCCAAGAGAAAACCUUUGUCAUGCACAUGUGUAUUGUUACUGAACAAAAGACUUCAGUCCUUUUGUGUGCUGUAUAUUUUAAUUUUGGGGUAAAUAUGGAAAUAUAAUUCUUUAGAAAAUAUAAAGCUAAUAUGAAGCUAUUGAUAUCAGCAUAUUUCUGACUGAGAAAUGUUUGUUUUUCUUUCCUGAUUCAGAUUCUGUGAAAGGAUGGAUGGAGACGUGAAUUACUAGCCCAAGAAGUUAAUUUUGCUGAGGACUGGGAUCUUAUAUUCACUAUUAAAUAUUGUGUUUGGAACAAUGGAAUUCACAGUGUUCAUACUUAUGCAUAUAAGUACAGCAAGCACAGUGGGAUCAGUUUCCAGUUACAGAUUUAUUGGUGAACAAAUAUUGAUGCUUUCGGAGAUGGAAAAAUUUGUAGGCCAAUAAAUACAGAUUUUUACCUAUGAUACUUAUAAUAGCAGGAAUCCAUUACAGAAACCUACAGUUCAUUUACCAUCUAGAAGCGUAAUUUUGUAAUAAGCAUGUCUCAGGCAGUGUGCUUUUAUUAUGUUCAGUUAAAAGAAAAAGUGAGGAACCUGUAUGUCUGUAAAAAUAGAAAUCUUCAGAGUUAGACUUUGUACUAAAUUGUAUUUUUCUGAUGGAUUAAAUCAAUGGAUUAUUUUUGAGACCUGUGAUUCAAAGGUUCAAGCAAAAUCUUUUUUGUGUCUGCAUUGAGUUGUACAUUUUUUUGUCACAUUGAAACAGUGUUUUUAAAUGACACAAGUUCCUAGGUAAUUACUUACCAGCAUGGACUAUGAUACUAUGAUACUAAAUGCAAAGUGUUAAAAAUAACAAUAUAGUUGUUUGCAUGUUUAUGGCUAUGAAAGCAGCCAUACACAAAGAACUAGAAAUUGAGAUUUAAAGAACUGUCUGUGAUCAGAUUUCAGAUUCAUAUAUUUAAAAAAUAGAGUGAUGGAAGCUGCAAAGAUAAAUUUCCCCCUGGAUCACUCAAAGCAAAAAGGGAGCAUAAUGCAAGAAGAUGGCAGCCCACCAACAAAAAAAGCAAUGACAGAAAUGCAUGUAAAGGAUAAAGUACAAACUAUGAUAAAUAAGUUGUCAACAAUAAAAAAGGAGCACUUAGAUGAAUGUGAAGAAAAUCUUAUGGAAAACAGUGAGGAAGGUGCCAAACCAAAUAUUGCUGCAGUCUCUGAGCCUUUGAACUUAAACCCUGGUUUGAAACAUACACUGGCACAGUUUCACUUAAGCAGCCAGAGUUCACUGGGUGGACCAGCAGCAUUUUCUGCUCGCCAUUCUCAAGAAAGCACACCUUCAGUCUUUGUACCUCUUCCAUCACCCCAGAUCCUUCCUGGUCCAUUACUUGUUCCUUCAGACAGCUCUACAGAAUUGACUCAGACUUUACUGGAAGGGGAGUCUAUAUCUUGCUUUAAAGUUGGAGGAGAAAAAAGGCUUUGUCUGCCUCAAGUCUUGAAUUCCGUGCUCCGUGACUUUUCUCUACAGCAAAUUAACACAGUGUGUGAUGAUCUUUAUAUCUAUUGCUCAAGGUGCACUUCUGACCAACUUCACAUUUUAAAGGUUUUGGGAAUUCUUCCAUUUAAUGCUCCAUCUUGUGGACUGAUAACACUGACUGAUGCUCAAAGACUAUGCAAUGCUCUACUGCGCCCUCGCACUUUCCCUCAAAAUGGCAGCCUGCUUCAUGCUAAAGGUUCGCUGGUCCAACUAAAAGAGACUGGCAGUGCCUUUGAAGUAGAGCAUGAAUGUUUGGGCAAGUGCCAGGGUUUAUUUGCUCCACAAUUUUAUCUUCAACCAGAUUCUCCUUGUAUCCAGUGUUCUGAAUGCUAUGGCAUGUUUUCACCCCAAACAUUUGUGAUGCAUUCUCAUCGCUCUCCUGACAAGAGGACCUGCCAUUGGGGCUUUGAAUCAGCUAAGUGGCACUGCUAUCUCCAUAUUAACCAAAAAUAUCUAGGAACAUCAGAAGAGAGAGAUUUGCAGCAUCUCUUGGAAGAAAUGAAAGAAAAAUUUAGCAUGAAAAGUCAGAAAACAUCCCAGUCUAAAGCUGAUUCUCAGUAUAAUCUAGAUCUACAACAGUGGUAUCCAGUUAUAAAGCAAGAAACCGAUUCUGUCAAUCAGCCGCAUUCAUUUAUGCAUCCCAGCUACUACUUUUAUAUGUGUGAUAAAAUGAUUGCCCCCAACGUCUCCCUUACCUCUCCUGUAUCGCAAUGUAAAGAACCAACAAAAACAGUGGAGAAAAUUUCAGAGGUAAUUAAAUCUGUACCUGGGCAGUCACUGAAGCACCACAGUGGUGGCAGACGCAAAAAAGCCGUAUACUAUCAAAAUCGUUCUCUUGAAGUACAAGAGAACAUUGAUGUGAAACAUAGCACAGAUGUGUUAGCUGGUAUAGGGCAAUCUGUAUUCAUUAAGUCUGGAAACAAAAGGAAAUCAGAACAAGAUUCUUCCAAAGUGACUAUGGAACAGAAGGUAGAAGUAAGCAGAAGUGCACAAUCAUCAUCUCAGACUCCUGUCAAUGGUACCGGUUGUGAUGAUGACAAAGGAAAGAUGAUGGAAGAAGUAAUGAAAACCUAUAUAAAACAGCAAGAAAAGCUACAUAUAAUUUUGCAAAAGAAGCAGCAUCUUCAAAUGGAAGUAGAGAUGUUAAGCAGUUCAAAAGCCAUGAAGGAGUUAACAGAAGAGCAGCAGAAUUUACAGAAAGAACUUGAGUCUUUGCAGACUGAACAUGCACAAAGAAUGCAGGAAUUUUAUAUUGAGCAAAGAGACUUGGAGAAGAAGUUAGAGCAGGUCAUAAAGCAAAAAUGCACCUGCGAUUCUAACUUGGAAAAGGACAAAGAAGCAGAGUAUGCGGCUCAGUUGGCAGAGCUGAGACAGAGGCUGGAUCAUGCUGAGGCUGAUAGGCAAGAACUCCAGGAUGAACUGAGACAAGAACGAGAAGCAAGACGAAAGUUAGAGAUGAUGAUCAAGGAGUUAAAACUUCAGAUUCAGAAGUCUUCGAAAAAUGGCAAAGGGAAAUAAAGUGCCAAUAAGAAUGUAUCUGCAUUUUUUCAGCAGGGCUAAUAAAUUACCUGUCAAGGAGAAGUCAAGCCAUGGAUAAGAAAAGGUAUUGGGGACAGUCAUGGAGAAUUCUUCUUGUGCAAGCAACAUCAGUGAAGGAGAGUAAUUCAGAUCCUAGUCAUUUCAAUGAUGUUUGCACAAGAGACAUCCCAGAGAACUGUGUCCAAUGUAUGUCUGUAAUGAUACACAUUUGUACAACUUCUAGAGUGAUAAAAUCUGUAUUUGUGCUGCUUUUUUAAACUGUUAUGAGCAAGAUUGAAACUUUAUGUUCUAGAGUGCUCCAUGUAUGUUUAUACAAGCUAUCCCGAGGGCUCUCUACCUUUUACUGAAUGCAACUUUCUUUCAUUCAAGAUAUGCAGAAUCUACAUACCUUCUUUUGCAUGCAAGCAUUUACAUAAAAUAGUCUUGUUAUUUCAAAAUCUAAAAGAGAAAAACAGAUUGUAGAGAAUAUAUUCCCUUUUGUUGUCCUAGUCUGAUUACUCCAUUUGAUAGUUAAUGCUGCAUCGAAGAAAGACCUGGAAAUUAUUAAACAGUCAAACGGUCUUUUUUUUUCCUAAAUGCAAAUUUCCACACAGUUAACAUCAGCUUUUAGGUGUCAGUUAUUAAUUGUUAAAUACCAAGUGCCAAUUUUUCUGGUACUCCACUGAAUGCUGUUAUGAAAAGAAGUCUGAGACACUUUUCAAAAGUACUAGUUCACCCCCAGUUACUAUUAAGCAGAACAUGAUGGGAAAUUUCUCAUACUCAUGGAAGUUUGAAAAUGUCAGCCUUAUUUUGUAGAGUGACUAUUUUAACCAUCAGGCAAGUAGGUUGUUUCACUAGCAAUAAGAUUUUCCAUGCACAGAAUGUCCUGGAGUGCAUGAAAGUGGGUGGUCUUGAUACUUAAAGAAAUGUUGAGGGGGAACAAAUGGAUUCUGACAUUGUGAAAGUGAUGCUUAUGUUUUUUUAUGCCAAGGUAAAUACUGCUACCAUUUUUUAAAAAAAGCAAUUUAGUUAUUAAACUGUUAUUAAUUUUGAAAAUGCUAAGGUCUUUAUUGGGGCAUUAACAUUUAAUGUGCUUGAUAUUCUGGUGUUGGCUAACAAGUAGUUCACUGCCAGAGUUUUUACUGAUUAAAGGCGAAACAGGUGCAGUAUAUUUGAUAAAAGAAUUUAUGGUCGAGAUCCUAUGGUGCAUUUAACUUGUGUUGAAUGAAAUGGAAUUGGGACUGUCCUUGUCUAUUGUUCCCACUUCAGUGCUAUGUGCUGCCCAAAAACUGAUCCAGAGUGUUUCCUAGCCCUCAGAAGAAGCUCUUUAGGAUUCUUGAGGGGUUUCACAUGGUACGCGUGUGUGUGUUGCUUUUGGCAAAGCAGCAUCCAGCAAAAGUACAUAAUUGAAUCCUGGCCAUUGGGUUUUCUUAAAGUGUUCUUUUACACCAAACAUCUGUUGAGAAAACUGCAAAGUUUUAAUUAUCCAAAUCAGUUUCUCUGGGGGGAGGAAAAGCAGAAAUGGCAAGAAAAUUUCCUUUUCUUAUUUUAGUACUGAUAGACAACAGUUUACAUGCUCAGUAUGGCAGUUGAGGGCAGGGUGAAAGCAUUACUCUCCAAAGCCAAGUUCACACACACUUUUAAAAGUUUUUUUGCCCCAUUGUAGAGGUCAAAGAUGAGAGAGAUGAGAAUUCUGCAACCCGUAUGUUGCAUGCAGCCCACCAAUGUCCUCAGUGCAAAAAAAAAGAAAAAAUAGAAUUCAGCCCCAAAUAGAAAAUCGUGCUUCCACCUUUCUUUCUCCACUCCCAAACUGGAAGUGAUCAUCUGGUCACUUGCAGUCUGAAAAAGGUGCAAAUACACCCUACAGACAUCUAGAGGGUGAUUGAAGAUGGCAUGGUUGUGGUUCCAGAUACUCCAUGGCUGCCUACCCAACUGUAUGUAUUAUAUGUGACUAAUAGCACAAGAAGGUGUGUGAGGAAACACAUGGCAGUGCAGGUGGAAACGUGUACAUACACAAAUAACAAGCACUGCAAAUAGUAAUAUUCUUUUAUAUGUUCAUCUUAUGGGCACUUAUCCUAUGAUUUUCAUGCUAUGGAUGCCUGGUGAAGUCUUCUUAUAUACAUUGCUUUGUGUUGUAUAAAGACCAUUUCAUACAACCAAA